GACUUUACAACCGGCGAAGAGGCAGCUGCCAAGAAGGCAUCCCGAUCCUUCAAGAAGUACCAGUACCGUGGUGUCGAGCUGGACCAGCUCUUGGACAUGAGCAAUGAGGCUUUCAUUGAGCUCGUCCACGCCCGUGCUCGCCGGAGGUUCCAACGCGGACUCAAGUCCAAGCCCAUGCGUCUGAUCAAGAAGCUCCGGAACGCCAAGAAGUCGGCCGGUCCCCACGAGAAGCCCCCAAUGGUCAAGACCCACUUGCGUGAUAUGAUUAUCGUCCCCGAGAUGAUUGGAUCGGUUGUUGGUGUAUACAACGGAAAGACUUUCACUACCGUCGAAGUCAGGCCUGAGAUGACUGGUCACUACCUUGGCGAAUUCUCCAUCACCUACAAGCCCGUCGGACACGGUCGAGGUGCCAACAUGAAGGACUCGCGAUUCGUUCCCCUCAAGUAG